ACUCCGUUCAAUUAUGUUGAUCCGGAAGAAGGUUUAAAUGAACAACUUGAUGCUGAUUUGUUAGCAGAAAAAUUACGUGCAGCCGCUAAUACUCAAACUCCUUCCUUUGGUCAAGAUGAUCUCUCAGAUGAAGAAUUUCCGGAAACUGAAAGUGAAAGAGUGCGUCGCUUAGAAUUUGAACGCCGUCGUAAGGCUCAUUACAAUGAGUUUGAAGCAGUUAGGCUUGCUAGAAAAUUAAUACAGGAAGAAUUGGGUGAUGAAGACGAAGAUGAAGACGAUGGAGAUGUUGAAUCGCAAUCAGUAUCUACAAUAUCAAAAACUAAAUCUGAACCUGUAGGCAGUGAAAGUACUCGCAAUACUCGUCAAGUUUCUUCCUCUGAAGUUUGUUCUAUAACAGAUGAUUGCGCCGACAAUGCGAAUACAUGCUCCUGCAAACCCAAAGCAACUGGUAAACCAAUGGAGAUUGAUCAACCGGAGUAGUAAUCCCAGAGCCAAAAUAGUCAUGAAAAAUACUAUUUUCAACAUAGAGAAACAAAAGAAUAGGAAAAUGACGUGAUUUUUUAAAUUUAUAUAUCGAAAAGUUUUUUAAAAAAGAGUUAUCCGCAAUUUAAUGAAAUAAUUAAAAGAAAGAAAAAAAUGAACAAAAUAUAUUUUAUGUAUUUAAAUACAGCUGAAUAUGGUGUUGUAACACUUA